AUGACGUGGCGGUGGCGGCGGUGGAAGGCGGAAGUAGCGCUUCUCGUCCUCACGGGGGAAGAAGGAGAUGGACUGGCGGAUGGGGACGGUCUCGCCGGAGGCCCACCAGAUCUUGGCGCCGGAGAAUUCGUCGGUGACCUUGAAUAUUUCGGAAAUUUUUUAGAUAUUUUGAAAUUAACAAGAGAUCACCUCCUCGUGGUUUUCCAUGGAGAGGACGACGGAGUCAGAGUCUCGGGAGACGGAGGCUUUGAGGCGGCGGGCCUGGGCGGUGGAGGUGGCGUUGAGGUAGCGCUGAAUGGAAGAAAAGGCGGGGCUGCGGGAAAAGCCGUCGCCUUGGUACUCGGGGAAGGUGAUGUGGACGUAGGGGAGGUCGUGGAGCUUUCGGGAGUAGCGGCGGAUGGGGCUGCGGAGGGCGUCGGGGAAGUAGUUCUGGAACAUGGCGUACGCCACCAUAAGUCCGCCGAUGGUGGAUGUGGCUUUGCUCAGCGUCUCCCCAAUCGAGCCAAACAUUUUCUUGUUAUUGGUGGGGAGGGGGAUUGCGUCUCGGAUGAGUUUUCUUCUUUGUCUAAUUUUAGAGACAGAGAUUUGUUAACUUUUAAGAUUUAA